UUUUAUUAUAUUUUAUAUUUUAUUUUAUUAUAUUUUAUAUUUUUUUUUAUUUUAAUUAUAUUUAAACAAAAACAAUUAUAUUUUAUCGCCAUGCAAACAUUCAAAGAACUAGUUUCUUAUGUGACAAGUUUUAUUUGCCAAGUGCAACGUGUGUAUAUGCAACAAAUUUUAUAUGACAAGUUUUCAUACGACAAGUUUUAUUUACUGGUGUGAACGUGUCAGAAAAUGGUGUUAAUCGCCACCAUGACAAACCACGACAGAAAAAUUAUAAUAGUCCGCUGGCCAAUCACAUCAAAUGCUCAGAUUACUUUGACAAGUUUUCUUUGUUGACCCAUACAGACGAACAAAAUUCGUACUUUGACAAUUUCUAGCAUGCUAGCUUUUUCAGUUGAACAAGUGCACUUGUCAUAGAAAAACUUGUCAAAGUUGCGCGUACAGACGAGCAAAUAAAACUUGUCACAGAAAACUUGCUCGUCUGUAACCGGCUUUACAGAAGCAUACAAUAGAACAAAGGUAACCAAGCUUUGGAAUUGUUUACAAAAUAAAUGCUUCUGUAAACUAGAACAAUAUCUCUAUCUUUACGACCGUUACGACAUAUGGAAACCUGGUUUAAAGCCGGGUUCACACCAGCAAUUUUGUCGGCGAUUUUGUUUUUCUGACGGAUGCAAAUGAUUGAACUCGCACGCAAAAGUAUAGAGUCGCCUUGCAGAAGUAAACAAUUCUUUUCCAUGUCAUUCGUUCGAUCACAUUUGCCAGCAGGAGAAAAAUCUCCGACAGAUUUGCUCCAGGCUUAAAGAUGAUGUCCACUCCGUUCUGCGCAUCAGUUCUGCUCAUAACAAAGGGAGACCCCCAGAUAUAAAUAAACAUUGCCCAAAAUUUGCAUCUUUCGAACUUUUUUGAAUUGAAACGUACAGUUUAUAUUCAUUUACAAGUAUAGCGAACCAGAAAAGAUUUAGAUAUUCAGUUAGUAUAUCAUAUUUUACAAAUACAGCAGUUCAAAACAUAAACAAAGUUCGCGCAUGUGCACAGGAGUGGACAUCAUCUUUAAACUGUUCUUUUUAUAUGGCAGUUUUUCUUUUCCAGGCGUUCUUUUCCCACGCUUUUCCAAUGCAAAGUAACGGCACGAUUUCUCCUUUUGCAUUCCCACCAUCACCCAACAUCCCUCUAUUCUCCCUCUCACCCACACACCCCCCACACCACAGCAACUCCGCUCCACGCCACGACACCUCCAAGAAAAAAGAGGGUACCUUCAAAUCAACCCCAGGUUCCCAAGACAAGACGUUUGAGUCAAGCAAACGUUCGUCAUGUGCGGAAAGUACAAACAAGACCAAGACAGAUUCGUCGAGUGUUCACAAACAAAAUCUCUUUAUACCACUCCAGGUUUGUACACUGAUCGCAAUGCUAUGGCUGGAUAGUGCAUCUGGUAGUAUCUUCGUGCUCCUUUCUCGUACCCAGAGCCCGUCUCACGCUCGGUCAACACCGCGCUGCACUGACUGCACGUCCUGGACACGAGAAUAGUUUCGCCUACAGUGGAGUUAGGUAUAGGGAACAAUGCGGUCAAAUGUCCGCGUAUUGAGGGGGGGCACCCAAUGAGUGUAGUUUUAGAUUCGUUCAAUUCCGACGAAUUGAAUACAUUGCAUUGACACCGUUAAAAAUUGAUUUAUGCAGAUAUUGAAUUUUGGGUCUCUGUAACGAACAUUUCCUGUAUUGCGGAGGCACUUGGAGAAUAAUGUUAUUCUCCAAGUGCCUCCGCAAUACAGGAAAUUUUCGUUACAGCAGAGACCCAAAGUUCAAUAUUUUUCCGGGGAAGCAUACCCCCGCUUCCCUAGAAUUGUCACGUCACUAGUGAUUAAGUUGCCCUUACCCCCACGCCUCAAAAAUUAUGGCGGUGUCACUGAUUCAACUAUGGUCGCUUCAAGUCUAUAUACUUAAAAGUUCUCAUCGAGAUUAAGUAUCCUAUCGUAAUCUAGGUGUCGCUCAAGAAGAAUGAGGUAGUAAAUACCUCGCCAACUAAAACAUCUAAAGGCACAGAUACCAAGGAAGCAAACAAACCCGAAACCCAGGAAACAACGAAACCGGAAACCCAGGAACCAACCAAGACCCAAACCACGUCUGAGUCAAGCAAACGUUCGUCAUGUGCGGAAAGUACAAACAAGACCAAGAUAGAUCCUUCGAGUGUUCACAAACCAAAUCUCUUUAUACCACUCCAGGUUUGUACACUGAUCGCAAUACUAUGGCUGGAUAGUGCAUCUGGUAGUAUCUUCGUGCUCCUUUCUCGUACCCAGAGCCCGUCUCACGCUCGGUCAACACCGCGCUGUGCUGACUGCAGGUCCUGGACACGAGAAUAGUUUCGCCUACAGUAGAGUUCGGUAUAGGGAACAAUGCGGUCAAAUGUCCGCGUAUUGAGGGGGUGGGGGGCACCCAAUGAGUGUAGUUUUAGAUUCGUUCAAUUCCGACGAAUUGAACACAUUGCAUUCACACCGUUAAAAAUUGAUUUAUGCAGACCGUUACAUUAUUCUCCAAGUGCCUCCGCAAUACAGGAAAUGUUCGUUACAGAGACCCAAAAUUCAAUAUUUCUCCGUGGAAACAUACCCCGGUCCCCUAGAAUUGUGACGUCACUAGUCAUUAAGUUGCCCCUACCCCCCACCCCCCCCCAAAAAAAAAAAAUUAUGGCGGUGUCACUGAUUCUAAUAUGGCCGCUUCAAGUCUAUCUAGUUAAAAGUUCUCAUUGAGAUUAAGUAUCGUAUCGUAAUCUAGGUGUCGCUCAAGAAGAAUGAGGUAGUAAAUACCUCGCCAGCUAAAACAUCUAAAGGCACAGAUACCAAGGAAGCAAACAAACCCGAAACCCAGGAACCAACGAAACCCCAAACUCGGGAACCAACCAAGACCCAAGCCCAGGAACCAACCAAGACCCAAACCCAGGAACCAACCAAGACCCAAACCCAGGAACCAACCAAGACCCAAACCCAGGAACCAACGAAACCCCAAGCCCAGGAACCAACCAAGACCCAAGCCCAGGAACCAACCAAGACCCAAACCCAGGAACCAACGAAACCCGGAACCCAGGAGCCAACGAAACCUGAAACGCAGGAACCAACGAAGACCCAAGAAACCCAGGAACCAACCAAGACCCAAACCCAGGAACCAACCAAGACCCAAGAAACCCAGGAACCAACCAAGACCCAAACCCAGGAACCAACCAAGACCCAAGAAACCCAGGAACCAACGAAUACCCAAGAAACAGUCAAGCCUGAAGAGAAAGACACUUCAACAACAACAAAACCGAAUACAAAUGAACCUUCAAAGAAUGAUAGGACAUCGAUCAAAAACAACGCAGGAACCUCGACAGGAACGAAAGCAAAGCCAGUAUUACUGGCCCCAAGUUUCUUUACCAAAAAAGAAUAAGUCUAAUUUUAUCUUGUACAAAGAAAGGUAACUUGGAACAAUGGGCUGGCAUCUCUACCAAGGAAAGUAUAGGCAUGGGAUUAAUUGUUGUCGUCAUUUUAAUUUGUUUAUUGUAGUUAGAUCAGGACCCGGUUGUUGAAAGCACGAAUAGCGAUAACCCUGGGUUAAAUUUAACCCAUUGCUUUGGUUUAUGUAUAUGUGUACGUCUGUUUAUUUCAAAAUGACUUUAGAAAAUUAAACUUCUGACGAUCCAGACAAGAUUUCUGAAAAAAUAUUUCCAAGUUUAUAAACAAGGUGACGGGAAGUAUGCUUUGAAUUUCACAUCAACCCAGGGUUAAGUUAACCGGCUUUUGCCGAACAACCGAUGGUAAGCUAAUAUAGUUAAAGUUUUUAUACCUUACGGAAAAGGUAGCACAGGCUUCGCUAUUUACAAUUCAAGUAUUCAAGGACGGAGAACAGUCUUGAAAUUGUUUAUAUACAGAUUCAUUAAAAAUAAUUUAAAUGAAAAAUAUGCAACAAAAUAGGUAGGCCCUAUAGAUGUAGUUGCAUAUAUCAAAUUUGUAUUUUGUUUAAAGUUUAAAAAAAGGUAUUCUAGCUUAAUUUAAGUAUUUAGUGUAGUCGUCAGCAUCUCGAAAGACUUUAUCACGAUAAUAUAAACCUUGAAAUUGAAACAAAUAUAUAAAUAUGUUUUUAU